AGUACUGAAGUUCUGUAUAAGUCAGUUAAACCAAGAAGUUUUAUAUUUUAACAUUUUAUUAAAAAAAAAGCGUGAAAAUGAACAAAAAAGAAAUAACUCAUGUUCAGUGUGAUGGAUUGGCUGUCAUGAAAAUGGUGAAACAUUGCCAUGAGGAGUCGCAGGGUAGCAUGGAAGUAGCUCAAGGAGCCUUACUUGGUUUAUCAGAAGGAAAUAGGCUAGAAAUCACGAAUUGCUUUCCAUUCCCUAAAUCUACUGACGAAACAGUUGAUGAAGAAGAAUAUCAAUUGGCUAUGAUGCGUCGUUUAAGACGAGUUAAUGUUGAUCAUUUUCACGUUGGUUGGUAUCAGUCGGCAGAUGUUGGAAACUUUUUGUCUCACACUCUUCUCGAGUCUCAAUAUCAUUACCAGACAAGCAUCGAAGAGUCAGUUGUAGUUGUUUAUGACACUCAAAAGUCAGCUCGCGGGUUUCUUACAUUAAAAGCUUACCGAUUGACUCCACAAGCUAUUACAAUGUAUAAAGAAGGUGAAUUCACACCAGAUGCACUGCGUCAGCUGAAAAUUGGCUACGAGAAACUUUUCGUUGAAAUUCCCAUUCAUAUUCGAAAUUCAGCCUUGUCGAACAUUAUGAUGUCUGAACUUCAAGAGAUGGUUCAAGAAGAAGAAGGUUCUCAUUUCCUCGAUUUGGGAACAGCUGGAGUGUUAGAAGGACAUAUUCGAGUAAUGAUGGAUCGUGUUGAUGAACUUAAUCAAGAAGCCAAUAAGUUCAAUAAAUACCAACAAAUGGUAAUGCGUCAAGAGCAAGAAAAGCAUCGACAGUUAAAUAAAUUGACUCAAGAAAACAUUGCACGAAUUGCUAAAGGCGAGCCACCGCUUCCUGAAGAAGAUGUGACGAAGCAAUUCCGUCCCUUGCCUGUUCCACUUAGACUCAAUCCAAUGAUUAUCUCUGGACAAAUCAACACCGUCUCGCAACACAUCAAUCAAUUCUGCUCGCAAUCAUUGGCCAAACUUUAUCUCACUGAAGCUUUGCAAGGAGCCAAAGAGACAAAAGAAACAAAGUAAAUUAACCGUUUAAAUGAUUUCCUGUAAAUCAAGACACACUGCUAAGUAAGACGAAAUUUGUAUUGACGAAAAAUAACAUAAAUAAAGGUUUCAGAUGAAAAUAUCCAAUAAUUUAUCUUAAUAACUUU